CUUAUCGAAUUGUUAAUCGUUACAAGUGAACGUGAAAUAUCUCAGAAUUGCUUUUCGAAUAGGCCAUUAACGGGACACAUUACUGUUUUUUUUACAAUAUCAUCGCACAAGGCGGAAAUUACAUAUCAUCAUUUGCAGAGUUGCACUUCAAUCUCUGACACGUCAACAGCAGACAAGAGUGUUAUGUACACAACAGCGGGAAGUGGAGACAGUUCGUAAUGGGUGGUGAGGCAGCAGAGAGUGUUCGGACUAUUGACAAAUACUCGAUAUUGCUACCAACGUACAAUGAGCGGGAGAAUUUACCAAUUAUUAUCUGGUUGAUUGUGCGGUUUAUGGAUAAAAGUGGGUUCCCAUACGAAAUUAUAGUUAUUGAUGAUGGAAGCCCAGAUGGAACUUUAGAUGUUGCCAAAAAGCUUCAGGAGAUUUAUGGCAGUGAGAAAGUGGUGUUGAGACCACGGGAGAAGAAACUUGGUCUGGGAACAGCAUACAUACAUGGAAUUAAGCAUGCAACUGGAAACUUCAUAGUGAUAAUGGAUGCAGACCUUUCACAUCAUCCCAAAUUUAUCCCCCAGUUCAUAGAAAAACAAAAAUUAGGGAAUUAUGAUCUCGUAUCAGGAACCCGUUAUGCUGGAUCCGGAGGAGUCUAUGGAUGGGACUUUAAACGGAAGCUUGUGAGCCGUACAGCUAAUUUUCUGACACAGCUACUGUUAAGACCAGGAGCAUCUGAUCUUACAGGAAGUUUCAGACUAUACAAGAAGAAUGUUUUGGAGAAACUGGUGGAAUCAUGUGUGUCCAAAGGUUAUGUUUUCCAAAUGGAAAUGAUAAUAAGGGCUAGACAACUCGGAUAUAGUAUCGGAGAAGUGCCUAUCUCCUUUGUUGACAGAGUGUACGGAGAAUCAAAACUUGGUGGUUCUGAAAUAUUUCAGUUUGCGAAAUCUCUCUUGUACUUAUUUGCUACUACAUAAUAAAAUGUUGCUUUAAAUAAAA